AUGUAAUAAUAACCAAAGAAAGAAUUAAAAACUUGCUUAAUUCACAAAGAAAAAAAAAUAAUUUAUCUGCAAGUCAAUAAUUUCAAGCAAAAAUAAAUAGGUGGAUGUAAAAAAUGUGUGACCUCUGAAGAUCUCAAUGGAACAAAUUUAAUUUAGGUGAGUGAAGUAUUUGAUUUUCUAAAUAAUGAAAAUUAAAUUUUGAAUAAAUUUCCUUAUCUAUAAGAAUAAGAAAUCCUUAAAACCUAUAAAAAUGAAUUAACUUCAUAAGAUAACAAAAAUCCUGAUUAAGAGAUAACAAAAUUUUUUGCAGAUUUUAAGAGCUAAAUGAUUAGCUUAAUUGAAAGAUAAGAGAAAUCUGUUAUAUAAAAGGUUUAAUAGAAUUAUAUAGAUAAAGUAUAACUUCUUAAAACCUAUAAUUAAGUUUGUUAAAAAGGUUAAUUUAAAGAUUAAUUCUUAAACUAUAUGACAGAUAAUCAAGAUAAUGGCUUGAAUCUAUCAAAAUUCAUUAAAUCAUUGAAUGAAAACUCAUCAAAAAAUGCUAAAAUUUUAAAUGAAUAGCUAGAAGCCUUCAAAAACACUCAAGCAAUCUUGAAAUAAUAACUAUCAAUUCAGGAAAAAUUAAAAAGCUUCACUGUUCAGCUUGCUGAAAAUGUUUUAAAGACUUUUACAUUUGAUAGGAGUGAUAAUUAUCAACAGUAAAUAUCAAGCAUUUAAUAAACCUUCUUACAUGAUUAGUUUGAAACCUAUAAUCAACUCUUUUAAUAGUUUACUUUACGUCAAGCUAAUUAAAUCGAAAAGAAUAAACUAAUUUUGUCAAUUAUGAAGUAAGAUCCUUAUUGCAUUUCACUAGAAUUAAUGAAAUUAUAAUAGAACAUUUUAAAAUGUGAUGUUCAAUUUAAUAAUUAUACAAAAGCUAACAUUUCUAGUAAUGACAUUUUAAUUGUCAAACAAAAUAUUAAUAAAUUUAAAGAAAAUGUUUAUUCCUUUACAGAUUGCUAUAUUUAAGAGUAUAUAAGUAAACUAUGCUAAUAAAAUAAACUACCUUUAGACUGUGCUAAUUCCUAGCCUCUUUAAAUAAAAUAAACUGAAAUUUAAUAUGCCUAAAGUGCACCUCCUUUCAAUAACUAAUAAAUAGAUUUUAAUCCAAAAUUAAUUUCUAUUUAUAGGUUUUUACAAAUCAAAAACUCUGAAAAAAACAUGAGAUAUUAAAUUAAACUUUAGUUAAAAUUAGAUUAAAAGAAUUCAAAUAAAUAUCUAUUUGCUGUUGAAUCUUAAAGCAAUCUUAAAUCAUAAACAAGAAUUUCCUAAGUAUUUCAAGAGUUGUAUUUCAACAAUUAAAUGAAUAAGACUAAUGAUAUUAUUGAAAUAGACGGUGAGAAGAUAUUAAAUUAUGAAUUCUAAAUCUAUUUGAAAGAUUAAACACUCUAUCUGUAAGAUAUGAAAAAUAAAGCAAAUAAUAGUGAAUGCAAAUUACACUAAAACCAAGAUAAUUGCUUAUAAAUUAAAGUAUAUAACAUUAAAUAAAUUAUAAUUAAUGAGUUUUAAAAGGUUUGA